AUGUCCGGCACCUCUGCCGCCGCCGCCGCCCCGGGCACCGCCCUGUCCACCGAGUCGUCGGUGCUGGUGAAGUUCGUCGCCUCGGCGGACACCGUGAUGGAGGAUGGCUCCGCCCCGGUGGCCCCGCCGAUGAUCAGCAUCCCGCUCGGGGUCAGCCACGAGCAGCUGAACCACCUGCUGAACAAGCUCCUGGACAAUUUCGUCGCCUCGGCGGACACCGUGAUGGAGGAUGGCUCCGCCCCGGUGGCCCCGCCGAUGAUCAGCAUCCCGCUCGGGGUCAGCCACGAGCAGCUGAACCACCUGCUGAACAAGCUCCUGGACAAUGAUGAGGCCCUCCCCUACAGCUUCUACGUGGACCAGGACGAGAUCAUUGGUACCCUGCAGCAGGUGGUCGAGAAGCAGGGCCUGACCACCGAAGAGGCGGUCACGGUCCUGUACCAGCCGCAGGCGACCUUCCGCGUGCGCGCGGUCACCCGCUGCUCGGCCAGCAUCCCCGGCCACGCGGAGGCCGUCCUGUCGGUGGCCUUCUCGCCGGACGGCAGCCGGCUGGCCUCCGGGUCCGGCGACACGACCGUCCGCUUUUGGGACAUCACCACCCAGACGCCGGAUGGCUGA